AUGCUCCGCCAGCGACAAGCCGCCGCAGCAUCCGCCCCCGACCGCCGCUCUCAAAAGGAUCAGAUACCCACCAUGGCGGGCGCGACGACGACGACCCUGGACCAUGAGCGCAGUCCGCUGCUCCCACGCCACGAGGACGACGCACACAGCGAACCGCCAACCGAGGCAGAAGACGACGACGAGCAAGCCACUGAGAGCAUGGCUUGGGCACGACGGAAUCAGUGGAUUGUGCUCGCCGUUGCGAGCGGCGCUUGCGCUGCUUUCAAUGGCGUGUUUGCAAAGUUGACCACAACUGAGCUCACAACGACAAUAUCUCAAGCAAUCUCCAACUUUCUUCAUCUUCAAGAUAUCGAAGGAGCCUUUGAGGUUGUCAUGCGAGCAGUCUUUUUCGGUCUCAACCUCGUCUUCAACGGCAUCAUGUGGACUCUCUUCACAAAAGCACUUGCCAAGGGUCAGUCAACCACGCAGGUGUCCAUCAUGAACACGUCCUCCAACUUUGUCAUCACCGCCAUGCUCGGCUUCGUCAUCUUCUCCGAGUCGCUGCCGCCGCUCUGGUGGGUCGGCGCCGCCAUGCUCGUCGCCGGCAACGUCAUCAUCGGCCGCAAAGAUGAGGAGGCGGACAAGUCUGGCGACUACGCGCCGGUGCCGCAGCAGCCGGGUCUCGCUCCCGUCCCGCUGGAUGGCGGCGACGAGGACAAGGACUCCGAGGACGAGGAUAUUGUCGAUUUAGGGGACUUGAACUCUGCGGAACAUCGCACUUGA